GUGCGCGCGCGCUCCUGCGUGUCACCUUGCUUGUUUGGUUUAGAGGUAAAGCACGGGCUAGUAGCUGAAGAGCAGUGCGAAGGCUGUGCUAGGGUUGUUACAGAGGGACUGUCUUCCCGGUAGGAAUAACGGUAACCGGAGAGAGAGAGCGAUAGGGACAAUAUGGCGGAAACAUCCAAACCGAAAACCUCUCCUAAGGCCAUCAAGUUCCUCUUCGGGGGUCUGGCGGGAAUGGGAGCCACUGUGUUUGUUCAGCCACUGGACCUGGUUAAGAACAGGAUGCAGCUGAGCGGUCAGGGAGGGAAGGUUCGGGAGUACAAGACAUCGUUCCACGCUCUGGCCUCCAUCCUGAAGAAUGAAGGCCUGGGUGGAAUCUACACAGGUCUAUCAGCAGGGCUGCUCCGCCAGGCCACCUACACUACGACCCGGUUAGGCAUCUACACGGUUCUGUUUGAGAAGAUGACGGGACAGGACGGGACCCCUCCCAACUUCCUCAUGAAGGCUGUGAUCGGUAUGACGGCUGGGGCCAUCGGAGCCUUUGUUGGGACCCCUGCUGAGGUUGCCUUGAUUAGGAUGACAGCUGAUGGACGUCUUCCCACAGACCAGAGAAGAGGCUAUUCUAAUGUGUUCAAUGCUCUGGUCAGAAUAACCAAAGAAGAGGGUGUCACCACCUUGUGGAGGGGCUGUAUUCCCACCAUGGCUCGUGCUGUUGUGGUCAACGCCGCCCAGCUAGCUUCCUAUUCUCAGAGCAAACAGGCUCUCAUAGAGACAGGGUAUUUUGUCGACGGAAUCUUCCUUCAUUUCUGUGCCAGUAUGAUCAGUGGUCUGGUAACUACAGCAGCAUCUAUGCCUGUGGACAUUGUGAAAACCAGGAUUCAGAACAUGAGGAUGAUCGAUGGAAAGCCUGAGUUCCGGAACGGCCUGGACGUCCUUGCGAAGGUGAUCCGUAAUGAGGGCUUCUUCUCUCUGUGGAAGGGCUUCACUCCUUAUUAUGCCAGAUUGGGUCCUCACACCGUUCUCACAUUCAUCUUCCUGGAACAGAUGAACAAGGCUUAUAAACUCUACUUCCUGAACUAGAGACUAGAAAUACACAAAAACACACACAAACUCACACACACACAAACACACAUGCCGUGUGAGUGACUUCAUAACCCCUGUCAUGUGACCCUUUCUUCUGACCCCUGAUGAAGCACCAUGCGUUACUUCUGAGGACUGAGAAUGUAACAUCUGAGCCCCCUACCCAGGGUGACAUGCUACAGUUCACACACACACAAACACACACACACAGCAGUGUUGUCUUUACAUCUUUUUUAAAUGUAGAUAAAGUAAAAUGACGUUGGCACUUGCCACAAGCAGCACCUGAAUAUUAUUAUAACAUUAACAUUAUAAAAUUAUAAUAAUAUAACAUGUUAAUAUUAUAUUAUUAUAAUAUUACCGUGUAGUAUUUCACUCACCAACCAUCACACAGGACUGUUUAUUAUAGCCUGGUAGCCACUGGAUAGGUUAUUAUAGCCUGGUAGUCACGGGACCAAAACCUCUGAAAAGUUUAACAUUGGACAUCAACGUUCUUAGUUGUUGCAGAUAUUGAUCCACCGUGCUGUCUACUUGGUCAUAUUGCUGAUUCUACAUUUAAGAAGGGGUGCGAAGAAGACCGCUUGAUUACUGUACUGUAACCAUUAUUUAAUUUAAUGUUUAUAGAAUGAUGUCUUACCGGCCCACGUUUUCAGACCCUAAUCACCAUGCCAACACACAGACCGACUCAUGCCAGGAAGGGAUAUUUCCGUAACCACGGAAACGGAACUCUAUUAAACCUUGAUGAAGUUGGCUGAUUAAAAACAUUUCAUUUUGGGAAAACAA